GGAACGGUAUAACCCUCGAGGAUUUUCCUUAUGUAGUUAACAGUUAAAAUAUUUCUAUUUCGAAACAAUUCUUUUUAUAAUGUGACAAAACAUUUUAUAAACACAUGUUAAAUUCAAACGAUACUCAUACGCGUCAUGACUUGAAACUUCCUUACUUGAAAGUGUGAAGAAUUUCUUCUCCCAUGAAGUUCAGCGAUCUUUUCUUAUCUGAAUUUAUCAUCGGCUGAUACGGAAUAGCCGGCGAUUCCUCGGGGUGAGAGAGAAACGCCAGGUCAAUCUUGACAAGGGAAUGCCAGAAAGAAGAGAGGAAAAGCUAAAAUCCAACGAGGCGAGAAGAAGAACUGAUCCAAAAGAAAAGGAUUAAGGGUAUCAAUUUAAAACUAUAAAAAAGAGGAAAAUAGAAGAAAUCCGGAAAAAAAGGAAAGACUAGACGGUAAAAUAAAGAUAAACUUGACAAGGAAACACAGAAAUCCCGGGAAUGUAGAAUUUCCAGUGAAAGCCAGUGAGAAUAUACUCAAAACAAAACAAGAAACUGGAAAGCAGUGAAACUAGGAGAAACAGACAUCGAGAAGAUCUAGGGAAAGGAGGAGACAAACUCGCAUAUAGAAAUGCCUUCAAGUCACAGAAGCUUUGGAUUUCCCUCCAACAGUUCCUCCACCACCCAUUGUGGUCAUGGAGACGAGAGGGAGAACUUAUCUUCCAGCCUCACUAAAGUUGAAAUUAGCCAUAAUGACUCCAGCAACAGUCUCUCCAGCUUAGCCACCGGUUACAUUAGCGACGAUGACACCCUUGACAAGAGCCGUAAUUCAUCGAGUAAAAGUCAAAGCAGCUGUCAGCGGAGACCUACUCCUCUACAAAGUGUGAUCUUUUUCCGUCGUGACCUUGACCUUGACCUUGACGGCAGUAAUGAAGAGGGUGAUGAUUCUGAUUUCUGGGACCAAACAAACAGACGACGCCACCAUUAUACCUCUUCUUUGGAGGAUGCUGAAGAAAAUGACGAAAAUGAAACAAAAGAGGAAAAAGAGAGUGACGCUCAUCCAAACGCUCAAUCCACAGAAAAGGCGGAAGAAAACUAUGAGCCCUCUAGCAUUUAUUCUUAUGUUAGUGAAAGCAUAAACCGAGAGUGGGUUACUGCUAAAGCUUUGGCAGAGAAGUUGGCACAUUAUCCACAUUCAAAGGCUUCUCUGUCAAGCCUCUCUGAAAGUCAUGGAUUCCACAUAAAAUCGGUCAUGGCUUUGGUUGCCUGCAACAGUCGCAUCUUCAUGCUGAAUGAUGACACAGUCUAUCUCAGACCGCAGAUAUCCAUGUGCUUCAGUCAUCUGAGUCUUGAUGGAUGCCAAAACGAGUCUGUUUGUGAAGGAUUGCAUAUAUGCCCUCUGUACCUAGAGGGAAAAUGUAAGGAUGAAGAAUGCUCACUCGGACACAGUGGAGAUACCCGCCACAACUUGAGAAUAUUGAACGAGUUUUGCCUUCAGUCAGUACCACCACAUCUUCUCCAGAAAGUUAUUGAAGAAGCAGUCACCUAUCCAAGGCCGAAAUUACUCGAAGUAUGUGAUGAAUAUAAUCAGGGCUUAUGUGUGAUGAAAGAAUGCAAAAAGCUUCAUAUUUGCAAACAUUACAUAGCAGGCUUAGCCCACUGUCCGAGGUUAUUUUGCUCCUUAAAUCACAGCUUCAGAGAACUCUCUGUUGAAAGGAUCCUAGAAAACCACGGUCUGAAGAUGAAGGAAAGUCCAAAGGACAUUGUCAAGACCCUUCAUAAGGUUAAUCCACACUUAGCAGAACAACUUCCUUUUGAAACUGUAGAGGAAGAAAGUCAUAUGCCUAUUACCAUUUGGUCUACAUAUGCUUAUGGUGACGUAGAUGUACCUGAAAUAUGCUACAGAUCAAUUGAAAGAAUUUGUGAGUAUGAAAGAAGUGGGUGCAAGAGGCUCCACUGUGAACGACCUUUUCACUGGCAAGUUCGUGAGACUGAUGGAUGUUGGUUAAACCUGACACCAUCCCAAGUUUAUUGGCUGGAACUUGCAUACUGUGAUCCUGAGCAAGAUUCUGUUAUGUUACCUCAGCUGGAACAAACAUACCUCGAGCACUCUGUUGGAGGCUUGGCGCUUUUACUAAAUCAAACGAAGUGGAAAGCCAAUUUUGAAACUAAAAAUGGAAUUUUCACUCUCACAUCCGACCAUGAUGUCCUCGAGUUACGUCGACUGUGUUGCGAAGAUGUUGGGUUGAAUGUCCCUGGAAGUGAGUUCAUUUGGUAUUACCGGAACAGGCGAGGCAAAUUUGUUGAGUAUGGAAUGAGAGAUUCGGCAGGAGAAGGCUAUGAUGACUUGUCAGAAAUAUCUUCUCAGUGUCUAGAGAAUGUUUACCAAAACCAUAUGGAUGAAAGCUCAAAAAUGCACUUUGCCACUAGUAAAUACACUUACCAUCUAGAUGUAAACACAAUGACUCAACUCAAUGAAAUAGACCAAACUAGAUGCCAAGUACAGAGAAGACCAAAGCCUCAUAUUAUGGAGAAGCAAAUUCAAACUUUACAAAGGAGACCUUCAUUUUAUGUUUAGAUUUAAAGUUUUUUGCUCUGAGGGAAUAUCCCAUCUUAUGUAAAUCCUAUUCUUUCUCGAUCGUUUCUGUGUAAGGUUAUUUUUGCUCGUAGUGCCUCAACAGUAUAUAGCACAUUUAUGCAACUGUUAAGCAUCAAUCAUAAAAGAGGUUUCAAAUAUAUGCCCUACUUUGAAGAAGGUCAAUAGAUGGUGUUACAACAAAUAUUAAAAUCUAAAAAACAUGGCAAAACACUGGAUAUGUUCAAAUCACUGUGAUAGUUUUAGGAAGAACUGAUCUGUUUUUAUUGAGCGAUUUUGUAUUUAGCAUGAGGAAAGGGUGCAUUUUAUCCUUCUUAAAAUAUACCAAAAAUAAAAAAUAACCAUCCAGAAUGAAUUAGGCCAA